AUGGAGCGAGCUAAGACCACGACACCGACCGGAACUGAGAUUCUGCUAGAUGUGUAUCUGCAGUGGAUCCGACCCGCGACUCGUAGCGACCACGACCACGACCACGACCAUGAAAAAGACGCAGACCCAAGUCCCGACAAUGAAUCGACCGGCCUUUCCACAAAGGCCGGGGUCUCCCGGGACAGCAGAGAGCGUUCCGGGGGAUCCAACAGCCGCGAGCUUGGACCUCUACGUGGUGCUGUUGACUAG